CGAACGACUUGCCAGCUAUGUCUGCUGCAAGUUCGCCUAGGGUUGGCGUCGGUGAGGCCUCAAAACGAUCUCCGUGGUACGCGUUGAGAGGUAUAGAUGGCACUUCGACGCCUCCUGGAUACGCUGCGGAUCCGAAGUACAAGAAAUACACGCAGCAGGUGGAGAAAUGCCUGGCCUCAUUCGAUAACGUGCAGGAGUGGGCGGACUUCAUCUCGUUUCUGAAACAGCUGCUCAAGACAUUUCAAUCAUAUCAGCAGUUCAAGGAGAUACCGCGCAAACUAGUCGUGGCCAAACGACUGGCGCAAUGUCUCAACCCCGCGUUGCCGAACGGAGUGCAUCAGAGGGCCCUGGACGUGUAUUCUCAUAUCCUUGCGGUCCUAGGGUCCGAAGGCUUGCAACGCGAUCUGGCACUAUGGUCGUCUGGGCUAUUCCCUUUCUUUGAGUACGCCGCGACCGCCGUCAAGCCCACUGUCCUCAAUCUCUUCGACACACAUUACCUCCCGCUACAAGCUGGUCUUCGGCCGGUCAUGAAAUCCUUCAUCCUCGCGUUACUGCCGGGAUUGGAGGAGGAGACAGGGGAAUACUUCGAGAAGGUUCUUGCGCUGUUAGAUCGUUUGGCCGGCACAAUAUCCCAGUCUUUCUUCUUCCAGAACAUCUGGCUUGUAAUGCUCACGACUACACGCGCACGAGGAACUUCGUUAUGCUACCUGUCAAGGAGACUGCCGCCGUUCAAAGCAGACGAAGACAUCACACCGAUUGUGGGCAACGACAUAGGAUUGAUGAUCAGGGCUUUUGCCGCUGCACUGGAAGAUGACGACCUACUCGUCCGCCGUGGCGCUUUGGACAUUCUGCUGCAGUCGUUGCGCAUUGACGGUGUCGCAGUGAGGAAGGCGCAGGCAGACGAUCGCGCUAUCCUCAUGCGCGCAGCUACAAGCGUAGUUCUGCGCAGAGACCUGGCCCUGAACAGAAGGUUGUUCGCAUGGCUUCUAGGUCCGGUGGAAGGCAGUCAGGCACAGAUCGAAUACUACAAGCAACAUUCCUUGGAGCUCCUACGAUCGACGCUGAGGGAAGAGAUGUUCAAUCCCUCACCGGAGUAUUCUCAAUCACGACCAUUUAAGAUCUUUAUCUCACUCUUGGAUAAAUGGGAAGUUGGGCUGCCCCUCACCGAGGUCCUGGUCUACGACGCCUUCAAGGCGCUUCGGAAAGCCUUAGAGUCGGGUCCUGAUGCUGGUGACGAUCUUAAGAUGACAGGAAGCACCCUAUACGAGGCUGUUGAGCAGCAUGCGCUCUGGAAUCGACUGCUUGUCGCAGUUAUGGCAGACCUCAAUUCCGGCCAAGGGUCGAGUCAGGGCUGCGGGAUGGUCAAGUACAUACUGGCAACAUUCCACGUACAUGACGAGGAAAUCGAGACCAUCCACCUUCCUGUUGUGUUCACCGCCAUCCUCGGCCUUCUUGUUGCGCGCAUCCAGGGCAACACUGCAAAGCUGCCGGUCGUCUUGGAUGCCUUGGCUUUGGAGCUCGAGAUUCUGACUCGUAUCCCUCCAGCCGCACUUAAGUCGCGUCCAUCAUUGCGUCAAAAACGAUCUUCAGUGACAGACUCGGAUGCGGUCUCAUUUGCUUGCGGUUUCUAUGAUAUCAACCUGGACGAUAGUGCUCUGCCAGAAGCAUCGAAGCGCUCAGCUAUUCCAUUUGUCACCGCUUUCGAGGACAUCAUCUCUCUGAGCACCGUCCCUGCAAAGGUUCUCCUGACUGGUGACAAGGACCGACCGUUGCGCGACAUCUUACUCUCCUCUCUAUCUGUUCUCGACAUGCUCGUGGGUCGGCUUGACCAGGAGACGGAUACAGUCUUCGUUACAAAAUGGGAACCCACUUCUUGGCUGUCGAUUUUGCUUCAAAGUCUCCAAGAAAAGAAUGUCAGUUUCACCAUCGUGGAUCGCUUUCUUACGGCGGCGAUCAAGAUCCACCAGACGGAGCGAUUAGAGCCCGCGUUCUCCCUGAGUAGGCGAUCUCAUAUCGAGACGGUAGUCAAUGUGCUCCUCCGGUACCUGCGCCCCUCAUAUACGGCCUACCACGCCCGUGUCGUCAAUCUCAUUUGGUCGCUAGAGCGAUUGAGCAGUCAACCCCACGUGGAGUCUGCGAUUGCUCAGAGCCUGUCCGCCCGUCCAGCCGACGAGCUUCAGGAUGCUUGCGAAGCGUUCGGAGUCCUGUGGAGGCUAACGGACGACAAUAUGCUGCCCGGUGUUCACCUAAAGGUGCCAAUGAUGAGCGUGUUGGAGACACUUCGAAGUGAGGAUCCCAAGCUGAGACGGAUAGGCGAGACGUGGAUGCGUUGCAGCCUGAAGUCCUACCUACGCGUGCUAGACCCAAUGUUGUUCGACCUGUUUGACCCUAAUGUCCGGUACGCACCAUCGACUACAGAGCUGAAGGGCAAGCAAUUGCAGGGAUACACCUACGAGCGACCGUUCGACCAGCAUUAUGUGAACUACGUCCUCGAGACGCUCCUUUCCGUCGUCAAAUUCGGCGGCCUCGGUUUCAGCAGAGUUGCCCGUACUACACCGAUCAGCCGCUCGUUACACGGCGCACUGCUCCAACGACUGCAGACUGUCAGCGCGACCUUUCCCGAUGCGACCUAUAUGGAUAUCAUCGUGUCUCAACUGCUGAUCAGGAUCUUGCAAUCGGAGCCAAAGGCGUCCCUAGUACCCACCAUGCAACCGUAUCACAUGGUUGCGCAAAAUCUCGCAGUGGAACUCUUGCAAGCGCUUGUAGCCCGCGGCGAGGUCGAUCUCGUGACGCUCCAGUCUUUGGAGUCCGCGGUAGUGCAGAAGCUAUUCUUCUGCGUCCACACCGGGAGGUUAGACCUGCAGAACAAAUUGCUUCACCUCCUGCAUUCCGUCAUCGUCGCUUCCAUCGCGGGUUCCGAGGGCCGUAACUCGGCGGCGCAAAUUGAGCGAGCGGCCGACACCAUCAGCCUUCAAGAUGCGCCCACUGCGUACAGCAAACAGGCGCAUGCCGUGCAUCCGCUACUGGUCCAGACGCUGGUCGAUGGCAUAUCUAUCCCCUCCAACAGGUCGCUUCUGCAGCAUUGGCUAGACUUCAUCCUAAUGACUGUACCGCACUUCAAGGAGACGUUGAAAGCUGUCGUCUCACCCUUGACAGACUGCGUAUGCAGGCAACUGCGGUUAGCGCUUACGGAGAUACUGGAUGCUUCAGCUGAUGGUCCUCGAGAUGACGACAUCUUUUCAUACACUACGGACGCUGACUUCAUGAUGCUUCUGACUGCGUUGGAGCGGCUAUCGCUACUCAGUAUGACGCGUACGGCCGGAGAGCAGCUCGUUGAAGACGAUCAACAGGGAGCAGAUAAGGUUGCACAGGAGUCCAGUGGCUUGCUGGGCUAUGUCUCUAAUGUCUUUAGCUCCGAUGGCGCUUCUCCCGCGACCGACGAUGCCUCCUUGGCAAGGUCUUCUGAUAACCGGUGUCUCCAUAAUGCCGUGCGGGUGCUAUAUGCUAUGUGGGAUAGGCUUGUGAUUCCUCAGGAUAAUCAAUGGGCUUCGAGAGAGGAAUCACUGGCUCUCAUCUACACCCGCGCACGGAACCGGAGUAGGCGUGUUCUGGAGCAUCUGUUCCGCGCUCACUCUACCGAGGUCUUGGAGGCUGUGAUUGAUUGCUGGCAGGAGCAGGUUGCGGCCCGGCCGGAGACAGCUGAGACGUCAGCGGCUUACGAUCUCGUCGACGUGCUCACUUCCAGUGCGCAGAAUGCAGUGCACAUGUUAUGCGAGAGCAUUUCAUGUCGUACACCGGGGCUGUCAGAAAGAACUAAGAAAACUGUGGCAUUCGCGGAUUUGCUCGAGAUAACGUUGUUCGAUUUCCUUGAGCAGUACAUGAAGCGCUUGGAAGGACCGUUGGCCUUGCAAGUAUGGAAUCGGUUCCUACAGCUGGCGAAGGAUCUGCUCGUCUCUAUGCGCGACUUCCGACCACAAGCCUUCGCUGCACUGAAAUGCUUCACCGUUCUGGCGGACAAAGUUUCCCAGACAACAGCAUUGGAUGACAAGCGCGUACGCAAGGAUAUGCAGGAGACAUACGGCAAGCUUCUCGAUAUCUGCGUUUUGUCUGGUCGUGCCGUCGAGUCCGGAUCGUGGAUUCGAAGGACACAGCGUGACAACCUCGUCGCUAAUGGCAGAGAUUCGCCUACGCCUACCCUUCGCGUCACGGGAACGGGACUGGACGAGAAAAGCGCAAGCUCAACUUCGCUACCGCUACCCGAUUCUGUCAGGCCCACGUACAGCACAGAUGUCGUUCAGCAAGUCAACUCGUACAUUGCUUCAGACGCACUCCCUAGUUUGCGCAAAUUCCUGAUCGAUCCGGACAAGAUUCUGGCGGCCUGCAAUCAGAUCAUUUACAACAUCAUAACCCCCGCUCUUAAGGGUAAAGCAAGGCCACUGGAUGUUGAGGAAGACCUUGUCGCUAUCAUUCGGGAGAUGACAAAGAUCAACGUUGCGGUGAAAGCAUGGCGCGCACCAGUCACGGACUGUCUCAACGACAACAGAUGCUUCAAUUCGACAGCGGAUGCAGGAGAGAAGUGGAUGCCGAUGAUUAAGGCACUCUUUGACACCGACAGGACUGCCUUAGCCGAACUGCUUGGCAAAAUUACCACAGCGGCGUCGGCAAACAUCUUCACAAACCGUGAAUACGAGAUGCUGUUGCGUUCGUUGAACCUGCGGCGGCUAUCCUACGUGAUUCUGUCGGCAGAGAAGAAUCACUUCCUGACUUCGCUGCCUAGCAUCCAGGAGAAGCUGGUAGACACCCUCCGCAAUGUUACCGCGCCGAUCGUCCAGAGCGAAGUGUUCCUCUGUGUACGCGUGCUGCUAUGUCGGCUCUCCCCGCACAAUCUGUCGAGCUUCUGGCCGGUCAUCUUGACGGAGCUGUACCGUAUUUUCGACGGCAUACUCGUCAGCCCACCAAGCGACGGCUCCGAAGAACUCGGCCUCAUACUUUCCGCAAGCAAGCUGCUGGACGUACUGCUCGUGCUUCAAACCGAGGAGUUCCAGGUACAUCAAUGGAUUUUCAUCACAGACACUGUGGACGCCGUCUACCGCCCUGAAGACUGGUCACCGGAAGCCUUGCUAGACCAGCUGGCUGAAGUUGUGGGGGCUCUUCCGAUUCCAGAGAGCGACGCUCGACCACCCGUAUCGCACCUGCCGACGCCUUCCGCGACCGCGGCACAGAUGCGCCGACCACUUCUCCAGUCCCUUCGGCAAAUUGAUAGUGUCCGUGACCUGGUACCGUUCUUCUCUGCGGCGAGCAUAUCCUCGUACGAGAGCGUAUACAACAGUGGAGGGGUGGUCGACUGGCCUGCGGUAGAACGCGGCCUGCUCGAAGACCUCUUUGAGGGCAGGUGACGACAGUACUGAUGAUCACGUCUGGAAUCCUGCAACUGUGCCCCUCCCCCCGCUUCCUCUCCCACUCAUGGCAUGGGUAUUCUGAACAGUCAUAAUCCCCC